CUUUCCCGCCCUCUGUGAGGGGAGAGAGAGAGAGAGAGAGGCGUGGGUGGCCGGGCUUCAGCAGCAGCAGCAGCAUCCCUUGAAGGAAGGAGGGAGGGCCAGGUAGGGCUUCCCAGGAAGAAGAAGCCGAAGCAGCCGAGGAGCAUGGCCACCCUGCUUCGGAAAAUCGGGCUCAUCCGGCUCCACAACCGGGACACGGAGGACCCCAAGCACCACCAUCACCACCACCACCAUCGAGGCAGCAGCCAGCAAGGCUCGUCCUCCCUGCGGGGCAAGAGCCACCCCAAGAGCAAGCCCCAGGGCAGCAGCCCCAGCAAAGAGAGCCACUGCAGCAGCAGCGCCAGCCCCGCGCGCCAUAAGCCGCCCAAGCAGCAGCCCCCGGCUCCCCAGCCCCAGGCUGCCCCCGAGGAGAAGAAAGGGCCCCCGGCGGGGUCCAAGGAGGCUCCCUCCGGGGGGAAGGCGGUGCCCCCGAGCCGCCAGGCCCAUUGCACCCAGGUGAGGACCCGGCGCCUGAUGAAGGAGCUGCAGGACAUCGCCCGGCUGAGCGACCGCUUCAUCUCGGUGGAGCUGGUGGACGAGAGCCUCUUCGACUGGAACGUCAAGCUGCACCAGGUGGACAAGGACUCGGUCCUCUGGCAGGACAUGAAGGAGACCAGCACCGAGUACAUCCUCCUCAACCUCACCUUCCCGGACAACUUCCCCUUCGCGCCGCCCUUCAUGCGGGUGCUCAGCCCGCGCCUGGAGAACGGCUACGUCCUGGACGGCGGCGCCAUCUGCAUGGAGCUCCUCACCCCGAGAGGCUGGUCCAGCGCCUACACCGUCGAGGCCGUCAUGCGACAGUUCGCCGCCAGCCUCGUCAAGGGACAGGGCCGCAUCUGCAGAAAAGCUGGGAAAUCAAAAAAAUCCUUCAGUCGUAAGGAAGCGGAAGCAACUUUUAAGAGCUUGGUGAAGACCCACGAAAAGUAUGGGUGGGUCACUCCCCCUGUGUCUGAUGGCUGAUACAACUUGCAUCCCACACCUCAGACGCUAAAAAAAAACGACAACAGAAAUGAAGGACUCUUUGACAUUUCCUCAAUGCUGUAUACCACAUCCAUCCUUUUUCUACUUCAGCUUCUGUUAGAUAUCAUGAAUGUCAUGGAGACAUCCAAAUUAUUUAUGAACAGAUCUGUUUGCAAAGGGAGGGAGGGAGGGAGGGGAAAUGCUGUAUACGAUUAUAUUUUGAAACUGGUGAAUGAUCAAUUGAUCAUCUUUAAGUCACUUUAGAAGAGAUGUUGAGAUUGUAUCACUUGCCCCCACCAUCCUCUGCCCGACUUCUCCAUCUGAGCCACACAUCGCCGCCUGCUUUUUCCCAUGGCACAGCAGCACCAACUAGCCAUAUUGGAAAUUCCAUCCAUUGUUGCUUAGUUCAUUUAAAUGUAAAAUGAAGCCGUUAAUAUUUAAAUAGGAAAACAGUGCAUUGCAGAUCCAUGUUUGCUGUACUGUUUUUAUUCUAUGUUUUCAAGCAGGUCAACCUAACUUGAAGAUGUGUUUUUUCCCCCUGUGGAGCUGUGGUCUGCUGUGGCUAAAUUUUAGACCUCAUUUGUGCUCUGUAAUAUGACCUUUGGUUCAUAACAAAACAGCAUUCUACCAAAGACACAAGCUCUAGUGUUUUUGGUUUUUAUUAAAAACAACAACAUCCUGUUGGGCAAAAUGUACUUAGCUAUGGUGAUAUUGUGGUGUGCCGUGGUUCACCAUUAAAUGCAAUGUGAUCAUAUAAGGGUGAGUUGAAGGAGGCUUAGGUCCCAGAUGAACCCAUGCCAAGGGGCUGUAAGAGGUUGGUGGCCAAAUACUUCAUAUCUUUCCAGUUGAAUGAGGUACUUCUAGAAUAGUGUAUUUACCAGUCCACUUCUGCAACAGCCAAAGUUAAACAAAAUGCAGAAGAAUUUGUCUUAAACGUAUGGUACUCAGUUCAGAAUGAUGGAUUGGUUACAAACCUAUGUCAGAUUUCUGAGGCAUUUUUGUAACUAUUUGCAUGCCUGAAUUUUCCCAUCCCCCUACAUUUAGACAAAGUACAUUGAGCCCGAUGUCAGAAGAAUCAGUUAAUAUAAAUAAAUGUCCAGCAAGAACCCCAAGGAUUCACAUUCCUUCUUCUAUUGAAACAGGUUUUUAACACUUCAUCUAAUGUUCCUAAGAAUACAAAAGGUGAGUUUGAAACAUGGAACUCAAAUGGAGAAUUGUGUUGGACACAUUCUAAAUAAAGUCAACCGAACCAUG